AUGCUCCCGCUCUGGGUGUAUGUUAUCUAUUAUGUCUACGGAAUUCCACUGAUAUUGCUGUACGCAUUGAUUAUAUUCGUUUUAAUCCGAAAAAGACGUUUGUUUGCUUCAGUGUUUUACAAGUUUAUAACAAUCUUUGGAGUUCAGGUGAGGCUCUAUAAAUAGGCACUUGUUGUAAAUACGGCGUUCACCGUGUUCAUAAAGUCUCACAACGCUUGUAGGAUAUCUGCUACUACCUGGUGCUCCAAGAAGCCCGUCGCUAUAUGAACGGCGAUGCUCUGAAGAGCUCUUUCCAUGGGAUGAUGCCAAGUCCCUCAUGGCUCUACAUUCUGCAGAUCUAUCUAAAGGUCGCCCUAGAGCUGAAUAGUGUCCUCGGAACGAUUAUCUUGGCGGCAAUUCGGGUGUCGACAAUGUUGUAUCCAGUGGAACAUAGCAGAGUUUGGAGGAAAACGAUUCCCUACGUAAUUUUGCUGAACAUCCUCCUUCCAAUCUUGCCGUACGGCUACGUGUUCCUAAACUCGGCUAUUCUGUUUUGUGCCGAGGAAGAUGGGCAGCUAUAUGGGUGUAUUUUGUCAUACGACCAGUCCUAUCUAAUGUUUGGAAACGUAAGCUCGAAGCAAGACGCGCCGAAACAUAGUUGAUUUUCAGGUUACCCAAAAUAAACAGAUACGCCUACACAAUCAUUCCAACAAUCUCCGCAAUCCUAAACCUCAUAGCUUUGGUGCUUCUUUACCGUCGAAAAAAGUCUCUGGAAAGUCACCGGACUUGGCGACAUGAAAUCAACCUUACUGUGACGUCGUUUCUAAUCUUCAUGGCGCAUGUCACAUAUGGCGCUCUAAACGUAAGCUCAAAGUUUCUAUAAAAAGCUAGAAAAAUUCUGCACUUUGUGCAGCCAAGCAGUAACGUAUGCUGAAUUGAACCACAAUCUGAGUGCCACACUUUUGUGCGCUACCUUGACAAUUUAAGAUAACGUCGUUCCAUUUCAGAUCAUCGUAUACACAUAUUACUCUAACGGAAACCUGAAGAUGACAUCCAUUUUUGCUGGAAUCGUUUUCCCGUUUAUAUUUGAUGUCUGUCUGCUUACCAAUGUCUGUUCACUACUGACGUCUUCGAAAUUGCUUCGGCAAGAGGUAUAUCGAAUUUUGUCCAGAACUUGGCGACGUCAACAGUCAAAUACUACCAUAACACAUGGGUCGGAAAGACCUCUUCGAAGGAUACACUGGUAAAGCCACCUCGGGAUUUAUUGUAACAAAUUAUAAUAAAAUACAUUGAGCCUUUACUGUCGGCCUCUCCCAUUUUGUUAGUGAAGAAAGGAAAAUUACAUAGUGUUCGGUUUAUUCAAGUUUCGCGAAAUGAGAAAGGAACUUCGUUACUUCCUAUUGGGCAUACAAAAUCUUCAAAUGUCACGGCUUCAAAUCUCUCGUUGUAAAGUCGCACUUGUCUCUCGAUGGAAUUUAUGGAGAGAGAGAGAUGUCCCCCCCCCGUGUCAACUGUUUCCCCAGCUGUUUUUCCGCGAUCUUCGAGAAUGUUCAAUGGAGAUCCCGAAGCGGAGAGCCUGAAUCACGACACCGUAACCUUCUCUGAGGUUUUAUCCCAUCUUGAUCAGGAGUUGUGUGUGGUCUCCUUCUCUCCUGUUGCUUACGGGGUCUCGAUUGCUCUAGCUAAAUGGUCAAGCCAAUUUCCAUCAAAGCAAACCCAACUACAAGAUCAACUACCUUCCAUUUCAAUGGAGGUAAAGCCAGCGCAAGGGCAGUUACGAAGAUGAGACAAAGAAGGCAGAAAAUUAUAGCGCAAAAUACCAUAUUUAGAAGGAAAACGCAUCACGACCAUUUUGUUUCUGAAUUGUGCUUUCCCGAGAGAUCUAUACAUACAACAUUAAUACACUUUGAAUGUUUUGAGCUACCGUCAUAUCCACUGAUUGUACAGGGUGUUUCAAGAAAUUUGGAACAAAUGAUUUGCUUAUAUCUUUGUGUUCUUUGCAGCUAUCAACGAAUUUCUUUUUGCUUCUAAAAAUUGACAGCGUGCGUUUUUAGAAUCUCAAAACAAAAUUUUUUUCGUCGGCGGAGGGCCCAUUUCUCGGCGUAGAAAAUUAGGGCCUUUUUUAAAAAUCACAGCGUAUUACGUGGCGGAAACGCCGUUGCAACGGCUGAAAUCAAGUUUACGUAAUACCUCCAUCGAUUUUACGGUAUGCAUUUUUUUGUUUUCGAUUUUACGCGCACCGCGGAGGCGCGGCGGAGACUUCAGAUUUCGGCGGACGUUGUUUUGGGCCUUCGGCUGUUGCAAUUCAUGUUGGAAAAGAGGUUGGGGUGAUUUUUUGUUGUCAUCCGAUGCACAGAUGGCAAAAAUUUCGUGCUUUUUAUCCCCGGCGGAGGAUUCGGCGGAGGCUUUAUCAAAGGGUCAAAGCAGUCUUACGAGUCCGGGAAAAAUCUCAGCUACAAGAAUCCAUCAGAGCAGCAUUGUCUUUCAAAGAUUUUUGAUUUUUUUGGUCCGUCGGACAAAUCGGUGGAGUUUUGUUUUUACCCUUUGAUAAAGCCUCCGCCGACUCCUCCGCCGGGGAUAAAAAGCACGAAAUUUUUGCCAUCUGUGCAUCGGAUGACAACAAAAAAUCACCCAAACCUCCUUUUCCAACAUGAAUUGCAAAAACCAAAGGCCCAAAACAACGUCCACCGAAAUCUGAGGUCUCCGCCGCGCAUCCGCGGAAGUGCGUAAAAUCGAAAACGCAAAAAAAGCAUACCGUAAAAUCCAUGGAGGUGUUACGUAAAAUUGAUUUCAGCCGUUUCAACGGCGUUUCCGCCAUGUAAUACGGUGUGAUUUUUAAAAAAGGCCCUAAUUUCCUCCGCCGAGAAAUGGGCCCUCCGCCGACGAAAAAAAAUUUUUUUUUUGAGAUUCUAAAAACGCACGCUGUCAAUUUUUAGAAGCAAAAAGAAAUUCGUUGAUAGCUGCAAAGAACACAAAGAUAUAAGCAAAUCAUUUGUUCCAAAUUUCUUGAAACACCCUGUAUUUACUAUCUUUUGAUGUCCCAAAACACUUCAACUUGAUAUGUUGUUGCAUACUAUAAGAUUUUGUAGUAAACGGAAAAUCCUAGCCAUCAUGUCCCACAAUUUGUACGCGUAUACAUUUCGCACUCAGUUAGGUCUUUCCCGUCAUUUCAGUCUACACACAUCCCGAAAUGCUGCCCCUCUGGGUGCAUUUUGUUUAUUAUGUCUACGGAAUUCCGAUGGUAUUGUUGUAUGCCUUGAUUAUAUUUGUUUUGAUCCGAAAAAGAAGUUUGUUUGCUUCCGUGUUUUACAAGUUUAUAACAAUCUUUGGAGUUCAGGUGAGGCUCUAUAAAUAGGCACUUGUUGUAAAUACGGCGUUCACCGUGUUCAUAAAGUCUCACAGUUAUGAACACGAUGAAUGCCAUGUAGGAUGUCUGCUACUACGUGUUGCUCCAAUGCGAAGCCCGUCGAUAUAUGACUGCUUAUGUUCUGAAGAGUUCUUUCCAUGGGAUGACGCUAACAAGGGAAGUCACUUAAAUCACGGAUCGAUUUUGUAAAACGACUGAUACAGCGAUGGGGAGGGUAGGACGGAGAUAUCAAAUCUGAAAACCGCUACCUCCACCGGCCUCUGGGAGCCGAGAUAAUCGACCAAAAAGUUUGACAAAAUUCCUCCGAACAUUUCUUCCUUCCGAAAGAAGAAAACCCAGCGAACCGAAUGGUCCGGUGGUCUGGAAGCGCGCUUCCGGGCCUUCACCUUUUCAGGUUCGAAUCCGCGCGGGUCUCGAACUUGUGAAAAAUUUAUAAAACAGUUGCUGUGAUCCAGUAAAUUUACUAGCAACUUAUUUUUACAUUUUAUGCAUAUUUUAUGGUAAAUUUUCAACCUUGAAAAUUCAAAUCGGAGCUCGCAUUCAAAUUAUUACUCUGAAAUUUUUAAAAUAUGCAAAAAAUCAAAAAUUUUAUUUUACCGGUAAAUUUACUGGAUUACAGGAAAAGUUUUAAUAAAUUAUUUGACCCAUGCGGAUUCGAACCUGAAAAGGACAAGGCCCGGAAGCGCGCUUCCAGACCACCGGACCAUUCGGUUCUCUUCCCUCCUUCUUUCGGAAGAGAGGACUGUUCGGAGCAACUUUUUUUGGUCAAACCUUCUUGGUCGAUUAUCUCGGCUCCCAGAGGCCGGUGGAGGUAGCGGUUUUCAGAUUUGAUAUCUCCGUCUUACCCUCCCCAUCGCUGUAACAGUCUUUUUACAAAAUCGAUCCGUGACUUAAGUGACUUCCCUUGUAAGUCCCUCUUGGCUCUACAUUCUGCAGAUCUAUCUUAAGGUCGCCCUAGAGCUGAAUAGUGUCCUCGGCACGAUUAUCUUGGCGGCAAUUCGGGUGUCGACAAUGUUGUAUCCGGUGGAACAUGAGAGAGUUUGGAGGAAAGCGAUUCCCUACGUAAUUUUGCUGAACAUCCUCCUUCCAAUCCUUCCGUACGGCUACGUGUUCCUAAACUCGGCUCUUCUGUAUUGUGCCGAGGAAGAUGGGCAGCUAUAUGGAUGUAUUUUGUCAUACGACCACUCCUAUCUAAUGUUUGAAGGCGUAAGCUCCGCAAAACGUGAAACAGAAAAGAAUUGAUUUUCAGAUUUCCAUAUCCAAAAUAAACAGAUACGCCUACACAAUCAUUCCAACAACCUCCGCGAUCUUAAAUCUCAUAGCUUUGGUUCUUCUUUACCGUCGAAAGAAGUCUCUUAAAACUCACCGGACUUGGCGACAUGAAAUUAACCUUACUGUGACGUCGCUUCUAAUCUUCGUGGCGCAUGUCAGCUAUGGCGCUCUGAAUGUAAGCUCAAAUUGCCUCCAAAAAGCUAAAAAAAUUCGAACUUUGUGCAGCCUAGCAGCACCGUAUGCUGAAUCUAAACAUAAUCUGAGUGCCACACUUUUGUGCGCUACCUUCGAAAAUUUUAAAUAACGUCGUUGAAUUUUUCAGCUCUUCAUUUACACAUAUUACUAUAAAGGAGACUUGAAGAUGGCAUCCAUUUUGUCUGGAAUUGUUUUUCCGUUUGUAUUUGAUGCUUGUCUGCUUACCAAUGUCUGUUCAUUGCUGACGUCUUCGAAAUUGCUUCGGCAAGAGGUAUAUCUAAUUUUGUCCAGAACUUGGCGACGUCAACAGUCAAAUACUACCAUAACACAUGGGUCGGAAAAACCAUAACAUAUGGGCAUCCUUUCAAGAGAAAGGAUGACCCGGUAAAGCCAUCUCGGGAUGCACUGCAACGCUGUCAGAUUAUAAAUCAUUGCAUAUUUUUACUUUUCCUAUAAUUGUCCGGAAGUCAUUGUUUUACAAUAAAAAUUCUCUGCAAUAAUUGCGGAUAAUUUGGUGGCAUAAUGCCGAAGACUCCUGCGGACACCAGAAAUUGUAACUGCAGAUACGUUAAGGCUACGUUGUUUAUUUUACCACCAACAGAGAGCUACUGACCUGCCGAACACAAACCUUAUUAAGAUCAGAUACCUUCCAUAGUAGAACUUGUGAAAUAUAGGUCUCGGGAUGUUACACUACCCCAAAAACCAGAAUUGAUGGCACUCAAGGUCGUCAUGAAGCCGGUGGCUUGCAGCUUUGAUGUACUGCAUCCUGACAGUACUGCAUCAUCGUGAGUGCAACUAACAAUAAAACAUCUUGAGCCUUUACUGUUAUCCUCUCCCAUUUUAUUAGUGAAGAGAGCAAAAUUACAUACUGUUCGAUUUCUUCAAAUGAGAAGGAUACUUCUUCACUUCCUUUUGGUAGUUUUUUUGGUCAUACAAAAUCUUCAAAUGUUACGGCUUCAAAUCUCUCGUUGUAAAGUUGCACUUGCCUCUUUGUUGGAUCCCCCUUUCCAACCAAAGUUUGCUUUGCGAUGCUUCCCACCUGGGUGCACAUUAUCUACUACGUGUAUGGAAUUCCUUUAGUCAUGCUUUAUACCUUGAUAAUAUUUGUGUUGAUCAAAAAAAGGAGUACAUUUCAUUCCGUCUUCUACAAGUUUGUCACGAUUUUUGGAGUCCAGGUAAGCGCUAUAUUCACCAGUAACAUUAUCAAAAACGUUAGGAUAUUAUCUACUACUUUGUGAUCCAAUAUCAAACCCGACGAUUUAUGGUUGGCUAUGGAUUUGAAACCUCAUUCAAAGGGCUUCAAGUUGAUCCAUCUUGGCCGUAUAUACUCCUAAUUUAUCUUCGAUUCUCAUUGGAAUUGAACGGAGUAAUCGGCACAAUCAUCUUGGCAUCCAUUCGAAUCUCAUCUAUGCUGCAUCCAAUCGGGCAUGAUCGAGUCUGGCGAAGAGCGAUUCCUUACGUCAUCGGAUUUAAUAUUCUGUUGCCAAUAAUUCCUUAUGGCUAUUUGUUUCUAAACAAAGCGAUCUUGCUCUGUGUUGCUGACGAGGGAAAACUAUUUGGUUGUAUACUGUCGUACGAUCAUUCGUUCAAUCUUGGAGGAAUGGUGAGUUUCCUUUUGCCGAUUCUUGAUUCAAAAACUAAUUCUGGAGUGGCUGGCAUGGCAACCCGAAAUAUACCGAAAAACGCCAGCGGAUUUUCAAUUUACGAAGAGAAUGUCAAAUUUUAGCGUAUUUAUAAUCCAAAAAACCCCAAGGGUUUGACAAAACAUACGCUGAACACUUAGUGCCUCAAUUAUUGUUGGAACAGCAUUUUUCUGAUAAAAAUUUUUUGUAGUACGAGGGUUCACUCUUAUUUUCAUUCAUGCCAAGCUGUAGUAAUACUAUUAAAAGACGAUUUCUGGCUCGCUGCGUCAGCCAAUACGAGGGGCCGGACAUUCAAAAAAAUUUUUUUUGAGUUUUUUAGCCUAAAAUGUUGGUAUAGGUCACUAAAACACAUUCCCAAAAUUUUUCUGCCCAGAAAUGCCCGGAAGGUGGAAAUUUGCAUACGGAUAUUACCGUGCUUCUGAGCUCUGCUGUUGCCAUUGCAAUAAAGACAGCUUGACGAAACCGACACCAUAUAGGUUUUGGUGGAUGGCGAAUUCAAAAAUCGCAAUUUCAAGUUGGUAGGAUUACUGUAACAUACUGUUUCUGAUCUCCGGUCGAUAAAAACAACCGUAUCUCCUUCAAAUCAAAAAUCCCACAAGAUUUUAUUGCAGAUUUGGAAUCAGCGCGAAAUUCUGGUCUAGGAACAUGUAAUUUGCAUCCUUGAUUCCGUGGCAGAUAAAUCAUGGCGCAGUGGGUUUUGACGAAAACUAGUAAUAUGACGACCCUGGUUCGAUCCCCGCUGGAGACAAAUAUUGUAAAAAAGAUGGAAAUGACAUUUAAUGGAAUUAUGAGGGUUGUAUGAGCAACGCUGAGUAUUUUUAGACAUCAAUGGAACACGAAUUUGAGGUUAAAACAGGAUUUAUAUUGUUUUAGUCUCGGAAUCCGUGAAAAAUAAAACUGCUUUAAACGGGUUGAAAUUGAUAACACUUAUUCUAGGCCUAAUUCUUGGAAACUUUUGCGUUAACUUUUUUUCGUUAGAUUACUGUAUCGUGGAUUACGGUAACAAAAAAGCUCGGCCUCUUUAAAGGCGAUUGCUUCAAAAUUUUCGAAUAAAAUUAAAAUUUUUUUUGGUUAUAUUAUUCAAACGGCAGAAAGCGGGCAUGCCUCAUAUUUAAAAUGCAAUUUUAACUCAUUUUCAGUGUGAAUUAAUAUCAUCAUCCAUUGGUAAUAUUGUGUCAGAUAACUCAGGUAUUUCAAAACGUACGGCCAUAAACGAACUAUUAAUGCGCAAGCCCACUCGUUCUUAACCAUUCCCACAAUCUUCGUGAUAUUCCGAUGGCUCUGCGCCUUGUGGCAUGAAAAAACAUAAUUGGGUUUUAUGUUACCCGUAAUCCACGAUACAGUAAUCUAACGAAAAAAAGUUAACGCAAAAGUUUCCAAGAAUUAGGCCUAGAAUAAGUGUUAUCAAUUUCAGCCCGUUUAAAGCAGUUUUAUUUUUCACGGAUUCCGAGACUAAAACAAUAUAAAUCCUGUUUUAACCUCAAAUUCGUGUUCCAUUGAUGUCUAAAAAUACUCAGCGUUGCUCAUACAACCCUCAUAAUUCCAUUAAAUGUCAUUUCCAUCUUUUUUACAAUAUUUGUCUCCAGCGGGGAUCGAACCAGGGUCGUCAUAUUACUAGUUUUCGUCAAAACCCACUGCGCCAUGAUUUAUCUGCCACGGAAUCAAGGAUGCAAAUUACAUGUUCCUAGACCAGAAUUUUACGCUGAUUCCAAAUCUGCAAUAAAAUCUUGUGGGAUUUUUGAUUUGAAGGAGAUACGGUCGAUUUUUAUCGACCGAAGGUCAAAAGCUGUAUAUUACAGUAAUCCUACCAACUUGAGAUUAAGAUUUUUGAAUUCGCCAUCCACCAAAACCUAUAUGGUGUCGGUUUCGUCAAGCUGUCUUUAUUGCAACGGCAACAGCAGAGCUCAGAAGGACGGUUAUAACCGUAUGCAAAUUUCUACCUUCCGGGCAUCACUGGGCAAAAAAAUUUUGGGAAUGUGUUUUAGUGACCUAUACCAACAUUUUAGGCUAAAAAACUCAAAAAAAAUUUUUUUUGAAUGUCCGCGGCUGACGCAGCGAGCCAAAAAUCGUCUUUUAAUAUGUCGGCUUUUGUUAUUUUAAUAUAAGUUUUUUUAAAAACGUUUUUUUAGCUAUCCCUGUCCAAAAGUACCAAGUACGUCUACACGAUUCUUCCGACAAUUUCUGCUGCCCUCAAUUUAGUUGCUCUCGCUCUCCUUUACAGCCGAAAGAAAUCUUUGAAGACCCACCGAACUUGGCGACAGGAGAUCAACCUCUCAAUGUCUUCACUUCUCAUUUUCGGAGCUCAUGUUAGCUAUGGUAUUCUGAAUGUAAGUAUGGAUAGAUCAACAGAAAACAGAAGCCACUUUAUUUCCAGAUGGUAAUCUUGAAUUACCUUUUCUUAGGUGAAAUGAAAAUGACAACAAUUUUGUGUGGAGUUCUGUCCCCGUUGAUGUUCGAUGUGACGUUGCUGACUAAUGUUUUCUCGCUGAUGACGUCUUCAAAACAACUUCGUUUGGAGAUUUAUCGGAUUUUAAUUGGGUCUUGGCGACCGCAGAAGACGCGGAUUACCAAGUCUUGGGUGAGGAGAUCAUCGACAAAAGAAACUCCGGUCAUCUCUACUCGAGCAGCGCUAUGAUAUGCGCUAUAAAGUAUACUUUAGAUUAGAUUCAUUUUAGAACUUGAUUUAUGUAAAUAUUUAUAAAAUAAAUAUAAACUAUUUUUUACUGAGUACCACUUGUUGACUCUCGUUGCUGUUAGAGCUAUAAUUUUAGCCUAGUAUUGUACAUUACAAGCAAUUAACAACGAUUUGGAAUCCUGAAAAGAGCCCAAAAUGGAAAAACAGGAGGCCGACGCAUGUUCAAAAGCACGUGCAAAACUGCAGAUACAAAGCGGAUGUUAUAACAUAUAUUUGUACUCACAUUGUCAGAGUACAAUAUGUAAACUUUUAUAGCGGCAUCCCACGUCCCUCUGAACUAAAAAAUUGUCAAAAAAUCGGAAUGAACUUCCUCUGCAAGUAACAAUAGUAGACAAACCCUGUGCCAUUUUGCGCACUCCCUAGCAUACAAUGAUCAUUGGAUAUGCUGUACAAAACUACCAACAAGUGAUAGUUUUAGUAUGGUUUGACAUUUCUGGAAAGGUCUUUCCAAGGCUGGCUUUAGAGACAGCUCAAGGAAAUCAAAUCUCUGUUUAUAUCUCUUACGGAAUUUUCAGCUUCUUUAAAAUCAGCAAAUGAAUUUCGAACUGUACAGUAGUUAUGGUGGGUGUAUUGUCUACUCAAACCAUUAUUUACCUGUAUUGGCCAUGAAUAAAUCAAAUUAUAAAGUUCAAAAAAUAUGCCGAGUUAAUUGGAUUUUUUAGUCCCAUAUUUUCUUGAGUAUCAGUUUUUGAGACAGCCUUCUCUUUAUACUAAUUUGCUCGGGGUCAAUAACCUGUGCUAUUCUAAAUGUUUCUUGAUUUUAUUAAACGUGCGUUCUUACUCAGUUAGACCUUGCUAUAUCGCGUACUCUGCUCUAAUGAGCCUUCCAUUUAUUGUAUAAACCUGUCCAAGUAUCAAAUUUAACUCGAAAAUGCGUGAAUAUUUGCACUGUACAAUUAAGACUUCAAACCGAACUCCAGUACUUUCAGAAUGCAAAAACUCUGCAUGACAAUGCCAGUUCAUGUAGGUUGAUAUCUCCAAAAAUUGUACUGAUGCUUUAAUAGUAGCAAAAGGAGUAUUGUGCUGCUGUAAAUUAUUCCACUUUGCUGACUACCUCCGCUCAUUGUAUUAAUGCUACCCUCGUGGCUGUUUUUGGUUUACUACGCGUAUGGAUUGCCGUUGAUCGCAUUGUAUAUGAUUGUGAUAUUUGCGAUAUUGAAGAGGAAGAAUUCACGGUUCUCUUCAGUGUUUUAUAAACUGAUUGCAAUAAGUGGAAUUCAGGUGAGACAUGGGGUUCGCAGAUGUAAAUUGCUUGAAAAUCAAUGAAAACAGGUAUAGGAUAAAGGUAUAGAUGUGCAAACAUAUUGAAGAUUGUAUUAGCUCACAAGUAGCAACAAUUUUUAACUAUAAUUCCCAUUGGGUUUUUAUGCCAUAGAUCUUUUUAUGGUAAAUUAACGACGCUAAACAAGAGGUACAGGGUUGAUAAAUUACUCUCCCAUCUUUUCAGGACAUAGUCUACUACUUUGUGGCGCAAUACCAUCUCCGAUGCCCACUGAACGAGUUCAUGUUGACUUACUGGUUUGUUGGGCUUCGGAUUCACUCUCCGCGACUGCAUGCAGUCGCAAUAUUCCUUCGAGGAGUCGCUGAAUUCAACGGCGCUUUUGCGAUCGUUUUGUUGGCGUUGAAUCGCAUAACCUCGAUCUUGUAUCCAGUCCAUCACGAGAGAGCCUGGAACCGGGCUUUACCUUAUAUUUUGUUCCUAAAUAUCGCGCUACCCACUUGCUGCUACGGGUUUACGUUGUUGAAUAGAGCAGUACUUUUAUGUGAUAUUGAGCGUGGAGAGGUGUUUGGAUGUUAUGUCUCCUAUGACCAUAGCUUCACACUUAACGGAUUUGUAAGUUUUUCUAUUAACAGUAGUUGGAGUUGCAAGGACUUCGGUUCAGAGAACAAAUGUAAUUUCGAUUUUCUAGUUUUCAAUUACCUCAGUCAGCAAAUAUGCCUACACAAUCAUGCCAAGCAUCUCUGCAGUUCUAAACGCCGUUGCGUUGGGUCUUCUGUACAGCCGGAAAAAGUCGUUGAAAGCGCAUCGAACAUGGCGUCAAGAGAUCAAUCUGACCGUUUCGUCCUUCAUCAUGUUUGGAGCCCAUUUUGGUUAUGGGAUUUUGAAUGUAAGCAGAUUAUGGCGUGGGCUGUCAUAUACUAAACCGCUUUGCGGAAAAUGUAAAAUGAGCCAAACCAAAAGAGUCGUUUUAUCUGUCAGAGCGUAUAAUCACCGCUUUUCAGAUGAUGAUUGUCAGCUACAUGAACAUCCACACCAACUAUAUGCCGGCUAUUUUGAGUGGAGUCGCCCUUCCGUUACUGCUUGAUUUAGCGAUCUUAACGAAUGUGACGUCUCUACUGUUCUCCUCAAAGCCACUUCGACGCCAAGUAUACCGAAUCUUAGGUUCUGAAACUAGUGGCAAAGCAGCGACCUCAAUGUUCCGCAAGACGUCAUCUAAGGACACUGUUGUCUUCACAACUCAAGUUAAAUAUUACAAUAGGUAA